AGGAGGAGGCAGCAGAGUGGGUUUGUAUCACCAUCUAAUGGAAACAGAACUCUUUCUGGCAAUGCCAAGUUUACGCUGAUUGACCUGAUAGAUAGUUCCUCUAUGUCCCUAGUUCAGAGCAGUCCUCAUUUGCAAGCAGGAGGUUACCUUGAUCUGAGCACAGGUGCCUCAGAGUGUUCCCUACCUAUUAAAAAUUUAUGUUCAAUGUCCAGGUGGUUAUCUCCCUCCACAUCACUAUUGAAUACUAUAUAAGGAGGUUCCUCUCAGCACUGAUUAUUCCCAUCAACAUGCAGUGCAAUAGCACUACACUCCUGGUCAUUAUCAUGGGGAUACUGGCACCUUGCUCUAAGGUGCAGGGUUUUUUCCGUUCAGCAGGAACUAUACCUAAAAAAUGCACACUUACUCCGGAUUAUGGAAAAUGCAAGACCUUCCUUACACAUUUUUACUACGAUGUUAAGAGCAAAACGUGCAGGGAAUUCAUUUACAGUGGUUGCGGAGGCAAUGGAAACAACUUCCUAGAUUUAUACCAAUGUGUUUUUGAGUGUCACCCGUCUGCACUUCAAGUACACAGGCUAAUUGGGUGGAAACAAGAGCUACCUCUAAAAUGCAAGCGGCCAUUUACAUUCGGAAAUUGCCAAUCUAGUGUGCUACGCUAUUAUUACAACGUCAAAUUGAAGAGAUGUUUCAUGUUCAUAUUUAGUGGAUGUGGAAGCAACGAGAACAAUUUCCAUUCUUUCAGGGAAUGCUACGAGGAGUGUGAAAAGUAUGAAAUACCUGAAUACCUGAUAAAUCCUGACAUACUUAAAGAAUUUCUGCUUGAUUACUGUGAACAACCCCUAGACAUGGGACACUGCCAUAGUACCUUUCCUCGCUUUUACUACGAUGACAGGAGCAGAACCUGCAAGCCAUUCAACUACACUGGCUGUGCAGGGAACAGAAAUAACUUCGAUGAGCAAUAUGAAUGCUUUUGGGCAUGUGCAGGCAAUGGUUGACCUUGAGUCCUUAUGCAAAGCUCAGCCUAUUCUAUUUUCAAACCCACUGAAUCUCACUGAAACCAGUGGAACAAAGGCAGCAGAGGAAACCAGGAGGCAUUCUUUUUCUCAGCCAUGCCUUUAUGUAUAGGCAGAUGGCUCAUCCUGCAGUACCAGUCUCUGCCAAAAAUUCUCACGCUCUUGCCAAUAAACUCACAUGUUCUUCUGCA